UGUAAACAUUUCACGAUGGCAGGUGAACGUAAUGUUGGUGUUCUGGCAAUUUCUCUAACAUCUUUGUUACAUUACGCGAGUGCCAAGGCCUCUUUGGGCACAGACAUUGCGCUAGAUGAAAAGUAUUGGGUGACGCACCGAAUUGACAGCCUUAAUAUUUUGUUAUACACAUUUUUACUCAUAUUAACUGUGGUGACAAUAUGGAUCUUCAAGUAUCGGCGAGCAAGAUAUCUCCACGAAACAGGAUUGGCUGUGAUAUACGGCUUGAUUGUCGGUGCGAUAUUAAGAUACAGUGGUGAUAGGACAUCACUAAGUCACAUGGUUGUUGUGCCUGAAAAUGACUCCAAGUACACCGACAACGUUCCCCCAGAUACCUUAUGGCUCAGAUAUGCUGGAGGAAAAGCCAGCCAAAAUCGAACAUAUGGUUACUCUUUUAAGGGGGAGAUCCCUGAGAGCCUAGAGAAUGAGAUUGUUCAGAAGGCUACUUUUGAUCCAGAGAUUUUCUUCAACAUUCUCUUGCCACCAAUUAUAUUCAGCGCUGGUUAUAGUCUGAAGAGGAAACAUUUUUUCAAGAAUUUGGGAGCCAUCUUCACAUUUGCCUUCCUUGGAACAACGAUAUCAACUUUUGUUGUUGGAGGAUUGGUGUAUGGAUUCCUGUGGCUUAUAGGGUCUACAUAUUCCUUCAUAGACUGCUUGUUAUUUGGAGCUCUGAUAUCUGCCACAGAUCCUGUCACUGUAUUGGCAAUUUUUUCAGACCUCCAUGUAGAUGUUAAUUUGUAUGCCCUUGUCUUUGGGGAGGCUGUACUGAAUGAUGCAGUUGCCAUAGUUUUAUCAGGGGCAAUAGAAGGUUAUGGCAGUAACAGCAAAGGAUUUGAGACAUCAGCCUUCUUCAAGGCCAUAUGGGAUUUUCUGGUGACCUUCAGUAUGUCUCUCUUCAUUGGGUCCUUUAUGGGUUGCAUUACAGCCAUUAUCACAAAAUUCACUCGCCUCAAAGACUUCCCCAACUUGGAAACAUCGCUGUUUUUCCUCAUGUCUUACUCAACUUUCCUUAUGGCUGAAGCAGCUGACUUAACAGGAAUUGUUGCAGUGCUCUUCUGUGGAAUAUGUCAAGCACACUACACUUACAACAACUUAUCAGUCGAAAGUCAAUUAGCAACUAAAACACUCUUUGAUCUCUUUAACUUUCUUUCUGAGAAUUUCAUUUUCUCCUAUAUUGGAGUGUCCAUGUUUACAUUUGACCAUCACAAGUGGGAUGUCGGCUUCAUCUGCAUUGCUUUUGUUGCCAUAAUCGUUGGUCGAUUUAUGAACAUUUAUCCACUAUCCUUCAUACUUAACAUUGGACGUCGUCCCAAAAUCCCAGUCAACUUCAUGAACAUGUUGUUUUUCUCAGGUUUACGUGGUGCUAUUGCGUUUGCUUUGGCAAUCCGUAACACGAGCAGUGAUUCGAGAAAGGCAAUACUCACCACUACGUCUCUUAUCGUCAUUGUAACUGUUACUUGUGGCGGAUUAACUACUCAAGUAUUAUCAUGGCUCGGGAUACCUGUUUUGAAGUUUGAGGACGAAGAGACGCGCCACUUGAACAACUUCCAGCCUAUCAGAAAUGAUUACAAAAGCAUUGAUGACUCCAGGGGUCCAGGAUCAGAAGACGGUGGCGAAAGUGAUUCUUGUAAUCAAACGUCAAGCAUGUUUGAGAAGGCCUGGCUCUUCCGUGUAUGGUCUCAGUUUGAUGUACGAUUCAUGAAGCCAUUUUUAACGAAUAGUCGACCCACCCUUCUAGACACGUUGCCUAUCUGCUGUGCGCCAUUGGCCAGACUCCUCACCACCACAGACCAACUGACUCAGGAUCACGAUCCGCUCAAUGAUGACAUGCCGCUAGAUGAUUCUCUCAUCAGCUCUGGGGGUGUAAGGACGUCUAUAGACACUGGUCGCCAGAGUGUAACAAACCCAUUGUAUGCUGGAGAUUUGGGAUUGGGAUCUGCUGGAAGUGUUCCAACAAGGGUUUCUGUGUUGGGUUCCAGAGGUCAAGAUUUAUAAGAGAACUCAAAGCUUUGGUUCUUUGUGUAUCGAUUUCACCAGCUAUUCAUGGUUUUUCAACUUAAGGGAAAUGGGAUAUUGGAGGGCAAGAUAUCAUUCCAGGAAUACAUAGCUGGAAGUGACACUUAAACUUUUCAAGAUCUGAGAUCUGUGAAAUUACCGUGGCUUUUGUUGUUACAGAAGUGGCUAAAUGUGAACUCGUCAGUCUGGUGCCCCUUUUGAGUUAAAAGUGAAGUGGAACUGUUUGGAGGAUGAUGUGGUAUGUGUUGUGCUUUCAUUUCAGAUAAAUGUACUGUAUAUAAAUAUGUGACAUGUUAUUGCUUACAUCCAGCUGAUAUCAGAUCAGCAUCUGUUGACUGAAUUGAUUGUGAAUGUGCCAAUGUAAAUGAUAUAGAUGGAUCAGACUUAGAGGUGUUUUUUCUUCUGACAAUUACACUUACAGUUUUGGGCAUUUUUAUGGUAUUUUACUUUGGCUGAAUGAUUAGUAUAACUAGUCUGAUUAUCAACGUGUUUAACUGUUGCUGCUGUGACUGCAACUAAAGUGUUUUGUUUCCAUACACAUAUUAAUUCUAUAUGCCUGUAUGUAGCAUAUAAUGAAAGCCUCAGUAAUUAAAAAUUGAAAAUACCAGGUUCUUUUGUGAGAUUUUAGUACAUCUUUAAAGGUCAUCAUGGAUAUACUGUAAUUAUAUGAAAGCAGUACCUGUGCAGUGUGCAUUCCUGUCGCCUCUGCUGUAAAUUGCCAUCGCCAAUUGUGCAGAGAUCAGUGAUGUAUAUUAAUGUACAUACUUGCGCAUUAUUUUAAAGCCAAGAAGGUGGAAAAUAAAAAUGAUAAAAUAU